CAAUAAAACUCUGAACUCUGUUCUUACUUCGAAUCAUUUGAUAGAUUGUAUAACAUUCUGGAUUCACAUUCAUAUCAGAUAUAUUUAUUGAAAAGAUAAAUGGAGGAUAAAGACGAGAACGGACACGCUGUAAAAUACUACCGAUUGUCGGAAAUCGAGGAACGAAAUUCAUUCAAGAGUACAUGGAUUAUAAUCAACCAUAAAGUCUAUGAUGUCACCACAUUUUUGGAGGAGCACCCAGGUGGAGAGGAGGUCUUGAGAGAGCAGGCCGGCGGCGAUGCCACAGAGAGCUUUGAAGAUGUCGGACACUCCUCAGAUGCCAGGGAGAUGGCUGCCAACAUGGUCAUUGGAGAACUGCAUCCAGAUGACCGACUGAAGAUUGACAAACCUUCAGAACCACUCAAGGAAACCUCUAGUUGGUGGACAAACUGGUUGAUCCCUUGUUUGGCUGCGGCUGUCGUCACGGUGAUGUACCAAAUGUACACGUCGGAGAAGUGACUGCGCCAUCCGUUCGUCACCUUUGCAAAUCGAAUGUCAAUCAAUAUAACUGGCUUCAGAAUGACAGCUACAGAGCCUGCGUUUGAUCCCUGAGAAACCAUUGCUGCCUUUUGGGAUUUGUACAGCUCAUAUGCAGUACUAUAGUACGAAGGGUUAAUUUAAUGUUUUCAUCCAAUCACUCGGCAUCAUGUCAAUGAAGGCAUAUAAUUUUGUUAUUGUGUUAACCUUCAUUUUCCUCUCCUGAUUUACAUGUUGAUAUAUACAGUCGUGGAAAAAGUAAGUACACCUCCUGGAUUUUUUUAAAUAUUUUUUUUUUAACAUAUAUGUAAUCUUCACUUUAACACUAUUGACAGAUAAAGGUAACCUGGUUUAACCAAUGACACUGAAUUAUUAUUUUGCAAUCAUUUAUUCAUAAAAAAUGUACAGAAAUGCAAUUCCAGUGCUGAAAAAAUAAGUACCUAGCUUCAAUAGCUGGUGUUGCCUCCUUUUGGCUGAAAUAACUUAAUGUAGUCGUUUUUUGUAACUGUCUAUCAGUCUCUUACAUCGACUGGGAUUCAUUUUUGCAUCACUCGUCUUUACAGUACUGCUUCAACUGUGCCAUGUUCGAGGGCUUCAUUGCAUGCACAGCCUGCUUCAAGUCCCCCCACAGCAUUUCGACAGAAUUGAGAUCUGAGCCUUGACUCAGCCAUUCCAUAAUCAGCCCCAAACCAUAAUGCUACCAAACCCAUGCUUUACAGUUGGUAAGAGGUUCUUCUGUUCAAAGGCAUUGUUUCAUUUUCAUGGUUUCUGGCAUUGCAACUCCAACUUUGACUAAUCUUUCCAGAGCACAUUGUUCAAGUAGUUUUGGUCUUUACCCAAGUGUGGUCUGGCAAAUGUCAGUCGUGUCUUGAUUUUCCUUUUUUGUGAGAAGAGGCUUCUUUCUUCCUGACCUCCCAUGUAGGCCAAGUUUGUGCAGUCUCUGACAGUUGACUCAGGCACUUCGACAUUAAUUGUGGCAAGAGAGGCCUGUAGAUCCCUUGAUGUUACCUUGGGGAUUUUAGAGACUUCUAUGAGCAUCUUUCGGUCAGUUCUUGGGCUGAAUUGGUUAAGACCAAACCAGACCAAGUUUCUAAUCUUUUUGGAAGGCUGGACCCACCCAAGUUACACAAAAGAUUUUGUAAUCAUUUCCACCGGUUCUGGUUAAAAUGUAGCAAUUUUAUGUGAUGGUAAAGGUAGGGGUGUACAAUAUUUUCUGCAUAAGGAAAUUCAUUUUGGUUUAUUUUAAUUGCAUAACAUAUUCAAAGUGUUAAUUUUAUGUGAUUUUUUUUUUUAGAUUGAGUUACCUUUAUCAAUGAAUGUAGUUGGAAUUUAGCUCAAAUAGCCAUUUACAUUACACAUACAGUACCAGUCAAAGGUUUGGACACUUACUCAUUCUUCAUUUUUACUAUUUUCUACAUUGUAGAAUAAUAGUGAAGACAUCAAAACUAUGAAAUUACACAUAUGAGUAGGUCUGUCCAAAACUUUUGACUGGUUAUGUAUGUAUUUUUUAAAGACUACUUUCCAGGGGUUAUACUUGCUUUUCCACAUGACUGUGUAUAUAUAAAUAAAAUACGUAUUAACAUAUGGAGAUUUUAGACAAAUGUAGAUUCAUGUAUUGAGAAUGUAAAAUUGAAAUAGACCGGUAACUGUCAAAAUAAAGGGGGAAAAAAUGUUUUUUAAUAUGGCAUUGGGCUACCAUGAGCCAGAACAGCUGGAGCUCUGAGGGAUGCGACACCACCCAUAAUUUGGUACUUUGUUAUUUGUGGUGGAAACGCUGUCUCGGGCGCCGCUCCGGAAUCUCCCAUAAGUGUUCAAUUGGGUUGAAAUCAUUAGCGGUAUUCUAUGAAGCAAGCUAUAUCUACUCAGUGUUUUCUAAAGCUUACCGGCUUCAGUUAGCUUCACAUUCCAGCUCAGGCUUCAUCUGUACUAUGACGGUGGAUAUUGCUCCUCUGCUUGCCUCUAACUCUAGCAGGCUUGUAACUGUAUGCCUGUCGUACAUGUCAAACGCCAAACUCUUCAUUGAGAUAAUGCUGAAACAUCAAUCCAUGGGCAAGUUAGAAUGAAAUAAUGCAAUCUUUGCAAGAGGGAGGGUAUCUGAUUUCACUGGUCCUCAACUCACAGCUCAGUCAUUUCAUUCAGGGUAAGUGGAGUUAGCAUUGAUUUAACCUGCGCCGGAGCAGGUUAGUUCUGAAGGAUUCGUUGCCAUAUAAAUUUACCUGGCUAAAAGGUGAACCACUUUCGUAUGUCCAGUUAGCCCGAGUUGAGGAGUCAUCUGCUUCGUAGGAUACCCCUCUGGUGACUGAGAUGGCCAUGGCAUAUGGUUUACAUCGUUUUCAUGCACAUCGAACCAUUGAGUGACCACUCGUGCCCUGUGGAUGGGGGCAUUGUCAUCCACUGGCCGGGCAAAGCAUUUUUAUACAUGGAAUUUGUAUUGCUUAAUUCACCCUUGAACCACAUCUGUGUGGAAGCACCUGCUUUCAAUAUACUUUGUAUCCCUUUGUAUUUACUUGAGUUUCCAUGAUUUUGGCAGUUACCUUUUAUAUAUUUUUAUGUUGUCAUAUCACUAUUUCUCUAACAUACUGUAACCCUGCGAUUGAAACAGAACAUGGCAGUUUAGGCUUAUAAAAGCAGCCUAUAAUAUCUUAUGUGCUUCACAUCUUACCUUUACAUUUUAACAUAUGCAAAACUGUGAACCGAAUGGUCCCAAAACCCAGUAUGCAAAACUGUUAACCCACUGGUCCCACAUUUCUGGUGACAUGGGUCUCAAUGUUCCAUAGAAAAGGCCACAUUCUUGCACUGAUUUUAAGUGACUGCUGUGUCGAGACUCACACUUUGGGAGCCAUUUUAAUCGGGAUGAAGUUGACCCCAUAUGACCAGUACAAUGUGUUUUUUUUAAAAUGGUAAAAUAUCAUGGUUGUCCCUGCUUUUAAACUGCCAGGGUGUUAGAAGGCAGGGGAACUCGCCACUGAAUGUUCUACAGCUGCUCAAAAGUAAUUUGACAUCUUCCAUUUUUGUUUUUUCAAUAAAAUAAUUAAAAAAAAUGU